GGUCUUGGGGUGACACAAAAAGCUCCCGCUCGGUGCCCAGCGCCCGGCGGAGGGUGUCCGAUCUGGGACGCGGAGGGCGACAGGGCAGGUGGAAGGCGCCGCCUGAAGCGAAGGGAAGGACGGGCCGGGAGCUGGGCUGCGGGAGGCGCCGCCGCCGCCACUCUGCCCGCGCCGCCCCACAACCCGCGGCGGGAGGAGCAGGCGGCAUCCGGCCCUCGGCGCGCGUCUGGCAGAACGCGGCGGGCAGCGCGGACCCCCGGGAUGCUGCCCAGGGUGCUGCAGCCACCGCCAGCAUAGCAGAGCCCGAGCCCGCGGCCGAGAGAGGCUGAACAAAGCUGGGUCCCAAUCGCGCUUCCUGCUUGUCAGCCUCUUGUCUCCCAAAUGCAUAUGGUUUCCACUUGAUGUCAUCACGCAGAAGGGGGUGAAAGGGACGCGUGACAGAUUCAGAAAUUAUCACAUGUAUGAACGAUCGAUGCCUGUGAGCCCGCUGAUUCCCUAGCCACCUUGAGAAGACUGACUCAGAGUGGUGACCUUUGAGAACCAGCUCUUUGACCUUCCUGUUGGCCCUGCCCUUUGGCUCUUGGUCCACGAUGGAGACACUCUCCCAGGAUUCCCUGCUGGAAUGUCAGAUCUGUUUUAAUUAUUACAGCCCGCGACGAAGGCCCAAGUUGCUGGAUUGCAAGCACACCUGCUGUUCGGUGUGCCUCCAGCAGAUGAGGACCGGCCAGAAGGACGUAAGGUGCCCCUGGUGCCGCGGCAUCACCAAGCUGCCCCCAGGCUUCUCUGUAUCACAGCUGCCCGAUGACCCCGAGGUCCUGGCAGUCAUCGCCAUACCGCACACUUCCGAGCACACCCCAGUCUUUAUCAAACUUCCUAGCAAUGGGUGCUACAUGCUGCCCCUGCCCAUCUCUAAGGAGCGCACUCUCCUGCCAGGAGACAUGGGCUGCCGUCUGCUGCCAGGGAACCAGCAGAAGUCCCUCACCGUGGUGACCAUCCCUGCAGAACAGCAGCCCCUGCAGGGUGGAGCUCCCCAAGAGGCCGUGGAGGAGGAGCCUGACAGACGGGGUGUGGUGAAGAGUUCCACGUGGUCUGGCGUGUGCACUGUCAUCUUGGUGGCCUGUGUUUUGGUCUUCCUCUUGGGCAUCGUGCUACACAACAUGUCCUGCAUCUCCAAGCGCUUCACUGUGAUAUCCUGUGGUUGAAGCCUGUCACAGGGAUGCCUUUUGUGGGUGCCAACUUAGGGGGUAAGCAGGUGUUGGCGAUGGGAUCCCUGUGAUGGGGGUGACAAUGACCAUUUGGUGCAAGUGCUGGCCUCCGAUUGGCCACUUGAUUCACCUGAAGACAAGAGCAGAGGGUGAGGUCUCAGCAAGCUCCCAGGAGAACUGUUUGGAGAUGGUGACAGCCGUGAAGAUGUGUGCAUGCUUCCUCAUAGUUGUGUAUUCGAUGGGCUGUAAUUCAUGGUUUUCCAAAAUCGUUUUCCCAAGUUAGGCUUUUCUACUUAGACAUGAAACUGUACAUGUGGGUGCAAUGAGCUCUCUCAAUACGGUAGAUUGUAGGUUAAAACAGAUGCUGUGCGCGCAAGUAGAAUUAAACCUCAAAUCCAUGUUAAAAGAAAAAAAAACUAGUGAAGACACAGAGCUGGUGUGUGUGUGUGUGUGUGUGUGUGUGUGUGUGUGUGUGUGUGUGUGUGUGUGUCUGCAGCCUGGUCUUCAUGGCCUUUUUACACAUUUUGAAUGGCACCCAAGUCAAAAUAAAACAGACCUUUUGGUUGUUGGAAGAAGAUAUUUGAACAGGUGUCUCCAGCGUCAUGUGUAUUGUCAUGUUCCUUCAUCCCUCCUCAUUUGUGAUUAGAGCUUCCUAUGUGUUAAGCUGGAAGCCCAGUAGGUGAGUGAUGGACUGGGAAACAAUGGGAAAUGCCUAAUUCCCCAGGAAACCUAUAUGCCAAUAUUUCUCAAGCCAUCCCACGAAAUAAGAAUUUAAAAUGUAAAUAUUGUGAAUCUGUGUGUGUAUUUUGUGUGUGUAAACUGAUUUACCUCAGAUGUUUGAGUUUUUCCUGAAGAAUCCUGGGAGGAAGACUUUGCAGGCAUGCGCAAGCCUCAUGUCUGAAACACUGGCCUCCUCGUCAGUGCCUGGAUCUUCCCCUUCGAGAGUCCCCCACAUCUCCUGCAAUACCCACUGGCUGCUCCGCUAUGUGAGAUCCUGUGUCAGUAAGACACAGGUGGGAAAUGUCAGGAGAACUCGUCAUUGCCCCCAAGUUUGGAGAUUUUUGUGUGAAAUUCACAAAUGUUGCUUACUGACGGCACACCUAGAUGGGCAUUUUCACAGACAGUCCUUGAUCGUUUUUUCAAGAUGUUCCUGUAAGAGUUAACCUGUUUAGAAUUGCAAUUUCAUCUUGUUGGAAUCUGCAAGAAAAUGUUUUAUGUUUCAAAAUGUUUCUACUGACAAAAGUAGCAUGGCAAAGAAAAACUGCUGUUCCCUGUGUAAGUGGACCAGUUUCUCCUGAGUGCUCAACUGUUUUGAAAUGUGAAUUCAUGAAGAAAGUUUAGUUAGGCUGAAGGGAUCAGUCCCUGUCCCUGGCUGUGUGUGCAUUCAGAAAUAGCUGCGAGCUCGAUAGUCCUCUUGGAACUCCUUUUGUGAUAUUGUCAAGGAAUCCACUCUUUGCUGUUCUUUUGAAACCCUGAAAUGGUAGGAAGGAUGAGAAAAGCAAUGGAAAGAUAAGCAGUGACUGGCGGGCUCUAAGAAGCAAAGACAGCAGCAGUCCUGUAAGAUGGAGGCAGCGCAUUGGCAUGCUAGCCUUCCUCUUCAUGCAGUACAACAGAUGUGUACUAAAGUGAUGGCAUUGCUGUGGGAAAAAACCCCAAAGAAUAAUAGCUAGAAUACAAAGCUAACAAUUGGCAUGAAAAUUCAACAUCAAAUUAUGAGCUCUAGUUUUUUAAAUCUUUCAAAUUUGUAAGACCUUUAGAAAAAAAAAACUGUAUUUGAGGGCUCAAACUAGAAAUUAGGUUAAAAUACCAUUUUAUCUUGUAAGCUAUUGGGCAUUAUACAACAAAUAAUCUAGGAUUUAUUUGGUAUUAAUAAUUUAGGUAUCAUAUUAUCUGAAUACUAUCCUCUAUUAUGUAACAUAAUAUACUGUUGGGUUAGUAUCAAUUUCUCAAACUCCCAGGCUGCUAUAAUGCAUGUCUGUCUGACCUAAUUUCUAUCUCACUUGGAGGGGAAAACAUACAUAGACAGAAAUGUUGCAUUAAGGAUGGUACGUUUCCAAUGGACUUUACCCUAACAAUUUUAAGACAGGCCACAUUUAAAUUAAUUUGUGAGAGCUAUCUACAUACCUUUCUACACAGUAGAAAAAACGACUGAUCCUAUAGUGCAAUGUGUGAUAGGGUUCUAGCUGUUUAGGAGGCUAUUUAUAGAUACUAAUGUAUGUGUUAAUAUGGUGUCCUGUGUUUUUUAUUGCAAAGUUGUAUAGUAAAAAUGUCACAGACCUGUUACUUAACAACAGUUCAUGCUAGAGCUGCAAUUAAGCCAAAUCAGUUGCUCCCUGGUAGAUCCUUGACCUUACAACCUGACAGUCAGAGCUCCAGUCAGAGUUUCUGUGUGUGUGCUUGAUCUAGGAAACAUUACUCAACACUGUUGAACUAGACUCUGCCUAUAGUUUGCAUAUGUGCUUGUUAGGAUGUGUGUAUGUGUGUCAGAGAGAGGAGAGAGAGAGAGAGAGAGAGAGAGAGAGAGAGAGAGAGAGAGAGAGAGAGACCUAGACCUGCCAAUUUCUAUACACUCAAUGUUUCAGCUUCUUCUGUAAUUUACCUGCAAUGCUAAAAACCUAUCUACCCAUGUGACACAAGCAACCAGGGCUGAGAGUCACACAUCAGUGGCAAGCACAGAAGUUACAGCUGAAAGGAGCCGCUAGUGCUUCAUCUUGUCGAUGAGCUCAUGGUGGAGGAGGGGGUGGGAGUGGAGCGGAGUGUACAGCUGGUAACUCUGUGGCUAGAGGAUGAGACCUGUGUACUGCUGUGCCCUGUUACCCCUCCCUUGCAUGCCACCUUCUCUGUCAGGCUACGAUUCUUUACAGGCUAUGAGUACUUUGCUAUGUCAGCUCUUGCUUUAAUUUCUUUUUAGGUAGGGUCCUCUCUGGGAAGAAAAGAAGGGUUGAUUUAGGGAUGAACAUAGCUAUUGAAAGAAACUCUUCCAAACUGUAUGAUUUGAAUAUGUAGACCUGCGAAACAUUGUCCAGGACCCUUUUCCCCAUAUGUCAAGGACAAUGAGUGUUGUGUAAAUAGUAACUUAUAAGAAGCAUGAAUUUCCUCUUUAUUAAUGAUCUUGACAUAAGCAAGAGAAUGCUUACUAUGCUAAGUGGAGCCAAGUGUGCCGCCUCUUAUGUUGUCUCUAGAAAAUUUUUGUAUAAUGCCCUGGGACAUAAACUGUGAUGACGUGGGCAAACUGGCUCUGAGUUUCAAUUUAAGGUAUUUUCUUUAGACAUAUAAUUCAAUCUCACCCCCUGCAUGACUCCCAGAGUGGGUCUGGUGGAGUGUCAGCUGUGUGUUGGUACAGUUCUUGGAAUUUUCUAGGUCAGUGCUGUUGGAUAAGUGGAAACUGUUCUGUAAUCUGUGCUGUCCAGUCGAAUGGCUACUAGUCACAUGGUUGUUGGGCAAUUAAGUGGGGACGACUGCAGAAGUGGCAUUUAAAUGGUAUUUAAUUUAAAGUAAUUUAAAGUUAAACAUUCCCAUGUGGCUUGUGGCUACCACAUUGGUCAUAAUGACAUCAAGAGGCUCACAAAGUAGCAUCAAGGCCAAGAGAGUUUGCAGGCUAGUAACAGUUUCCCAAAGGAGAUUUCUUUCUAGGCUUUAAGAAGUUUAUGAGCUUGGGGGUGGGAGGUGAUAACAAAAUCUCAUCCAUUGUCCUUUGGGGUUAUUAUUUAGAUACUUUGGACAAAGGUAUGAACAGUAACAUUUAGAGAGAGCUUUAUUAAGCCCCAUUUCUGGGGCCAUUAGCUGCAUGUGAGUCUGUUGUCCAAAGCUCAUAGCUAGAUAGUAGCUGUAAAAUUUUGACUUGCAAGCUGUGCAUGACCUGUGCUGUGACACUGUGUUUAGGGUCUUGUGGCCAAAAAGAGUCAAUGUUACAGAAAAUCAAAUAAAUAAGAGUCUGAUGAAAUCCCCGUUCACUUCUGAUCUCUUUCCUGACUUCAUCACUGUAUCAGUGAGGUGAGAAAUCCAAGAGCAUGCUGCUUCCUGGUGUACAGAGUGUUUGUGUUUGCCCUUGAAGUCAGCCAGCUUGUCAUUGUAUUUGGUGUGGACAUAUGUGGGUGUAAUUUUCUGGAUGCCAAGCUAAAACAGAGGCACUAUUUUUAGAGUGAGAUGUGACAUUGUUUUAGUGUCUCUCUUUUUAAAUUUAGUUAUCAUUAAAAGGUUUGAAACUUUGCACAAAGGCACUUUUACAUUUUUCAUAGUUAGAAAAAAAGCAAACCAUGGACCAGCAGAAUUUAGAAAAUGGAAGGUUACUGCAACUACUCUGUAGAAUUGCUUUUCAGUGAGUAAAGGAAGCAGACAAUUCAGCUUGAGAUUCAUUUAUUUAUAUAAAGACCAGACUAUUGCUGAUAGUCUGGCAUUUAUUCAUGCUUAGAUUUGGAUUUAAAGUGCUCCUGUUCCUUCAUUUGAAAGUCUGUGCUGUGUCAAAAUUGCUUAGCCUGCCUCUCCAUUGCUCUCGAUGUAACAGCAACCAAGCGUAUUUGCUUUAAUGGAGCAGAAAUGGGCUGGGUUUCCAGUUCUGCAGCGUUCAGUAGGGAAGACUACUCCUUGGGGCUUGUCUUUAACUUGUAUCUAUACGUUGGCCAAAUGUUAUUUUCUUAAGUCUUUUAGUUAGGAGGGCAAAGGUUAUUCAUAUGCUAUGGGUUAUACCCACAUGACUGCAGCUCCUCUUUCCUAGAAGAAUGAUGCUAUGGACCAGGCAGUAUUUUAUAACCACACUAGAAGUUGACCAACUCUCACCGGUGACCUAGAUGGAAAAGUUGCUUUUUGACAUUUCCACCAUACUCAGUAAAACAUCACCUGCAAGAUGAUCCUCACCCAGACAUAAACUCUAGGCAACAGGGAGACGCUCAAGAUAAUUUACUCAUGGUGUCUAUUUGAAGGAGAUAGUUGUUGGAUCUUUUUCAACCUGAAACUCUUGAAAAAUAAGUGGAAAUUCAAGCCAUUUUUUUCUGACACAAUUGACUUACUUCACUAUACUACACACACACACACACACACACACACACACACACACACACACACUUUAGCUAUAAUUGGAGAUAAAUUAAAGUAGAAAAGUUUAUCAACACUAUUUUUCUUCAUUCAUGGAUCACAAAAUGUGGAAUUUAUAUGUUAAUUUUUAAGCAGCUGCUAUGAUCUCCAUAUACUGUGUCAAACCAACUACCUUGGGGAAUAUCUUAAACUCUUAAGACUCAUCUCCAUAUGUAAAGAGGUGGGUAAUCCUAUACAACACCAUCUCCAUAUGUAAAGAGGUGGGUAAUCCUAUACAACACCAUCUCCAUAUGUAAAGAACUGGGUAAUCCUAUACACACCAUCUCCAUAUGUAAAGAAGUCAGUAAUCCUAUACAACACCAUUGGAAAGCCAGUGAUUGCUGAGGCACUGAGCAGAUGGUAUAUUUAAUUUCUGACUUCUGAAUAGCUUUUCUUUUUUUUCUUUUUUGGUCCCUGUUAUGUGUCAAGAUUGUAAACCACUAUCCUCAAACUCCUCCAAUGUGACUCAGUUUCUCUGCACACUUCCUUACCUUGCUUGCUCUGGUCAAUGUUUUUUUUUGCUUUUUCCCUAUUCACUGCCUGGGUUAUCCACAUGUGUGGAUCUCAUGCUGUAGUGGUGCUUGAAAAAUGCUUAUUUCAUUAUCUGGAUUUUAAUGUAAGAAAAGUUUUUUUUAAUACUAUUCAUAUUAUGGUUUUAGGUACAAUCAGUCAUUAGAACAAAAAUACUGAGGGACUGCCUGAGAUUCUCAACAGUGGGGUUUGAGAUACAGAAUCAUAGCCUGUAUCUUUCCGUUUUUCCGGAUCACUGUUCUGAAUGCAUCACUAGAUGGAGGGCUGUAGCCCACAGGGCAGUCUCCUGUAAUCUUCCUGCCCAAUGAGUUACUGCGUUAUUCUAACAGGAGCUUUCCAAUGGGACUGGCCGGUCUUUAAUUAGACAUUUACUUUUUGAUAAUCCAGUGUGGUUGGACGUGUGGGUGGCAAGGAAAUGUGGAGCAGAAAGAGAAAGAAACAGAUGUGCCAAAUAUGUCCUUCAGGGGACAGGUGCAUAUCCCUGUGGUCUCUGCACAGGGAGAGAAGGCUGGGGUGGAUGUCUCAUACUCGGCUGGCUAACUGGGCUCGAAACCAACCCACUGCCAAGGAGCCCCACCUGAGGGAAAAGUAGAGACAAAUUCCUGGGCUCUGAGCAGAUAGGACAAUAUGUCUGGAAAAGGAGAAACUAUUUUUAAAAGAGGGAAAUUUGUGAUGAGAUUAUGGCUUCAAAAGAAGACCCGGCACUGUAUGUCAGCCAUGGGAGAAGCCAGUUGAAGCCAGUGACAUGUGAUCUGGGCUGACUUCAUCAAGCCUGCCCAUUCCAUCAUGGACCACCCAAUUCAGUUCAGGAUGCUCAAGUUGAAGACACAAAGGGAAAGCUCUUGGCUGAGGGGGGAGUUCCCAAGGAGUUCUUAUCUUUCCUGGCAUCCUCUCUGAUGCUCUUGGGUUAUCAAGGCUGUAGAAAAUUCCAGGGCCUGCUGUGGAGUUGGACAUAGAGUUGGUCAUACCAAGUGAACCCUGGUACCCUCUUUGCUGUGGAAAACUCAUAAUGCAAUGAGUCUACUGUGACUUGAGUACUACUGUGGGGAAAAUAAGCUGAAGAAUAAUAUGGUUGUAUCCUGGCUGCUGCCGUUUACUACAAGCCUGUAUUUCACCACUUGUUUGUGUGUCCUCAUUUGAUGGUUAUGGUGUGGAAAUUGCUUUCAGCUUGGGAAAUUGGCCACAAACUCCCAACAGAAGACACACAUAACUACCCUCUUGCUUCCUUCCACUGUUAAAGCUCCACACAUGGGCUUCCUGGUCUAGGAUAAGUGCAGUCAAAUGGUGAGGUCAGUGCUGCUCCAAGGCUGUAAGCUUCAGUUCCUGACAUGUUUCAUUUAUAAUCACGGAGACUAUUUAUUUGGGGAGCUUUUCUUUUAAAGGGCCAGAUUGCCCUACAGAUAAAUGAGCUGCAGGGCAGUGUAGAAAUUCUUGUCCAAGUGUUGCCAAAUACUGACUUCAUAAUGGGAUCUCAAGCUGCUGUUUAUUCAUCUGAAUGUCUGCAAGCAUCCCUGCCUGCUCUCUCUGUUAUAGAUGGUGUCUUAGCCAGUCUGAGUUUUUUCAAUGAACUGAUUUUAAUAUAUGGUAUUUUUGUAUGCCAAACUGGUGUCUUGUCCUUUGUAUAUGUGCUAAUGUUCAUUUUAUGACUACUGUUAAAACACAUUUGCUAUGAUUAAAAUUCAAAAUGAUUUCAA